AUGGCUAACAAGUGUGUUAAAGGAAAGACCUUUUUUGGAUUCAUCCAGCGCAUUUAUACUAUCUUUGCAAAUUCUACUAAGAGGUGGGAAAUCUUAAAAGAUAAUUUAAAAGCUUGGAGUCUUAAGUCAUUAUGUCAAACUCGUUGGGAAAGCCGAGUUGAGAGUGUAAAGGCUAUUAAAAUGCAACUUGUUGACGUACGAGAAGCUUUACUUCAAGCUGGAGAAAAAGAUAAUGAUGUUGCAAUUGCAAGUGAAGCAACUUCACUAGUAGAAAAAGAACUUGGUGACUUUGAAUUUUUGGUAUCAACUGUUAUGUGGCAUGAAGUGCUAAACCAUGUGAAUAUUGUGAGUAAAAAGUUACAGUCAAAGGAUAUGCAUCUUGAUAACGCUAUUACAGAUAUAAACAAAUUGAUUGGGUACUUCAAGGAUUAUAGAGAAACUGGUUUUUUAAAAGUGAUUGAUGAAGCUAAGGACAUUGCUAUUGAAAUGGAUAUUGAUCCAAUAUUUCCACAAAAGCGUUUGAUUGAAAGGAGAAAAAGGUUUGAUGAGAUUUCAAGUAGAGAAGAAGUUUCAUUUACACCUGAAGAGAAUUUCAUAGUUAAUUAUUUCUUAUACAUUGUUGAUCAAGCUAUCUCUUCUCCUGAGACAAGAUUUGAACAAUUCAAAGAGUAUGAAAAAGUAUUUGGUUUUUUAUUUCCACAUAAUUUGAAGGGAAUUGAAGAUAAAGAUCUUAAGUCGUCUUGUCAUCGUCUAGAAAAAGCACUCGAGUUUCAAGAAAGAUCGGAUACUGAUGUCGAGGAACUUUAUACGGAGUUGAAAUUAUUUGAGACAUUGGAAACCAAUGAAUUUAACAACCCUAUAGAUGUUUUGAAGUUUUUGAAAGAACUUGAUUAUUUCCCAAAUGCAAGCAUUGCAUAUAGAAUAUUGUUGACUAUUCCAGUAACGGUGGCAUCUGCAGAAAGGAGUUUUUCUAAGUUGAAGUUAUUGAAGUCUUACUUACGCUCCACAAUGUCCCAAGAAAGACUUAGUGGUUUGGCGAUGAUAUCUAUCGAGAAUGAAAUCUUAGAGAGUAUAGACUAUGAAGAGUUGCUCAACCAAUUUGCUAUCAAGAACGCUAUGAGAGCUUCACAGAUUGUAGGUUAA